UUCCACCGAGGUCCCAUUCAAGUUUGGUGGUGUGUUAGUUGUGUCCUCGCCGCAAAAGUCAUGCGGCGCUGCUCGCAGGCCAACUUCAAUCCUUGGUCUGUCUCAUUUUUCCGGCUGCUACAGCGGCAUCAGCUCUGCUUCACAGCCCAGGGCUCGGUCCAUGUGUCAGCCUUCUUGCUCCUUCUGUCUGUUUCGCUCUUUAUAGCGGUGAAUUGAAGUGUCUUUCUCAAGGCGGAGGCUGGUUUGUAGCUGCUCUCCGAGCUGCAGAGCUGACGUUAACACGUUGGAAUUCUGGCAACGAGAUUGCUUUCGAGUCGAACUAUAGCACGGCGCUGCACGUCUCGCUGGUUUGGUUCGUCUCGCCGCCUCAAAUUACAACUGAGCUUGAGUUCUCCGGUGUGAUCAUAAUAAAAUAUUCUCCAGUUCUUCCAAAGUGUUUGGAGAAUUUGUAGGCAAAGGGGUUUGAAACAAUGUUGAGGACGAACAACCGCCUUACUGCCUCCGCUUUUUUACUAGCCUUGCUUGCUGAACGGAGAAAAUCAUAGGUCACCUCUUCGAUUUUAACAGCUACUUACUAUCUUGGCCCACGCCCAGCGGCAAAUGCUUUGGAAUUUACCUUAACCAUAGGAUAGGUUGGAGCUACUUCUCCACUGGAUGAAACUGAAGACGAAUUUGGCAACCAGUCACUACCCUUGACAUACUUCUGAAUUCUGCCUCAAAUAAAUUCUAGUCCUCGUGGGGAUUAAAAUCUUUGGUUCAUGCAUGUGAUUAGUGGAGUGCUGCUUCUCAGAUUCGAGGGUGUUAUUGCGGCUGUUGUCGACUCGAUAUAAUUUACAGAGUUCAAGGGAUACGGCAGCAAAUUGUGGAGUUAAAAAGACUGUUACUGGAUGGGGAAGAAGAGUGGGUAUAACCCGGAGACACCUGUGUUUCUUGGUACUACUAAUAUCAACCUUGCCCGAAAGCAACGAGCAUGGCGUCUUGCUCUAUUCGGCAUUGUCUUCUGUAUCGACUUCGCGUCUGCAUUGACCCUGUUCAGCAUUGUGCAUCUUUGGAGGGAGAAGAGUGAGUUUACGAUAUGGGACUCGCUGAGAGAUUUCUACUCGGACACGUCAGACUUGAUUGCUCUUAGCUUCAUACGAAUCCUAUGUCUGUCUGGUUUGGCCUACGUGGGAAGCCUCUUGGCUUGGAGAGAGGCAGUUUCUAAAGAGGAAGCUAAGCUGAAGCCGAAAUCAAAGAAGGAUGAUCAUUCAAAAGGUUUUUUUCAAGCCAAUGGAAAAGUUCGGAAUGGUGAAGCAAAUGGUAGUAUUAAGGAGCCUCUUCUCGUUAAGACGGAGGUGAAGACGGAGGUUAAACCGCUCACUGCAUAUGAAGAGUGGUUUUCUGGAUCAUCUAAGAAAGAUGCUGUACUCUUCGUGACUUUUCUUAUCUGCACAGCUUUUCAGGCAUACGUUGGGGCGAAGUGUGUGUGUUUCUAUUUUGAUGAGAAACAUACGAUGUUCAACGUACGGGCUGAAGUGUUGCAAGGUGUUUUGAUGGGCACUACUGUUGUGUGGAUCAAUGCAGAGAGUUCUCUGUUGACAAGGGUUGUCGACGCUAAUCGUGUCAUGGGGCGUGCUCUUUACUUAAAUUCAAGGCGUAGACUUGACUCACAGGAUCCUCGUAUUGCUGUGGUUACAAACAGUGUGAACCUUGCAAAUGGAGAUGUCACCGAGGAAGGUGCCUUGAGGGGAGAUAAGGGUGCGAAAAAUGAGACGGAUGUUGACCAGAAUAGCUAUUUAAUGCGUGCCAUUCAAUUGGCCAGAGGAGAAGCCUACCUACUGGCCUGUGCUUUCUUUUGUCUUGGACUUUCAUCUGCAUCGAGUUUGAUACUACCCAGCUAUCAGGGCCGUAUCCUAGAUCAUGUAAUUCAGAGGGCUAUAGGGUUAUUCAGAAGGGACGUUCUGCUGCUGAUUGUAUUCAGCUUGUUGACGGGACUGUUUGAGGCUGUUCGAAACCUCUGUUUUGCAGUAGUAGGAAAGCGCGUCUUGAAGACAUUGCAAGACAAACUUUUCAUAGGCAUUAUCAUCCAAGAUAUUGCUUACUUUGAUGGCACUACAUCUGGCGAGCUUACCUCCAGGCUUACGAACGACGUCUCUUCAAUGGCGGAGCCAGUGAAUUGGAUGCUUUCUGCACUUUUGCGCAACUCCAUCUCCCUCAUUGGCGGAUUUACAAUGUGCUUCAUCAUAAGUUGGAAGCUGAGUAUGCUGGCAUUCACCACAAUGGCUCCAAUUAUGCACAUUACAGCUGUUUAUUCAAGGUGGUCAAGGGAACUCAAUCGGAAGCGUUAUGCACUACUUGCUGAGGCAAAUUCUGCCGCUUCUGAGGCUAUUGGAAACAUCCGCACAGUGCGUGCGUUCUCCACCGAAGAUACAGAGCUUGAUCGUUUCAAAUCCAAAACCUGUGCUGCCAUGCAGAAAGGUGUUCGGGAUGCUUUUGCUUAUGCAGGGGCUGUCGCCGUAAAUGAUUGGCUGGAUUUAGGAGCAUCAGUUCUAAUUCUUUGGUACGGAGGAGUUCUGGUAAUGAACGAUCGGCUGUCUGCGGGGAAACUGAUUACAUUUCAACUGUAUUGGAAUCAAAUUCAAGGUGCAUAUCAGAGUAUCAUGUCGGUUCUAAUGUCCUUGACCAGAGCAGCAGGAGCUGCACAGCGCGUGUUAUCGUUGGUCGAUGCUCUUCCAGAUAUAGACCGGAAUGCAGGCACGCACGUUUCCAAGUUGGAUGGAGAGAUAAGGCUCGAAGAAUUGUACUUUUCCUAUCAGAUGCGCCCACAACAUCCUGUCUUGCAGGGUGUUAACCUUACAGUUAGCGAAGGAGACGUUUGUGCAUUGGUUGGACGAAGUGGUGGUGGAAAGUCAACAAUUGUCCAUCUCCUUAUGCGGUUUUAUGAUCCCACGAAGGGGCGCAUUCUUUUGGACGGCUGGGACUUGAGAGAUCUCAAUCUCAAAUCUGUCCACCAGCACAUGGGACUAGUGGCACAAGAGACACAAAUGUUCGCUUGCUCUAUCCUAGAAAACAUCACUUAUGGGUUGUCAAAAUGGCGGCAAGAAGACCUGGAGGAGGCAGCAAGAUAUGCAAAUGCUCAUGACUUCAUUAUGAAGUUCCCCGAAGGUUACGCAACAAGAGUGGGAGAGAGGGGGGUUCGUCUGUCUGGUGGACAACGGCAGCGUAUCGCAAUUGCACGCAUGUUGCUACGGCGUCCUAAAAUUUUGCUUUUGGACGAAGCGACAAGUUCUCUUGACACUGAGAGUGAGGCGUUGGUACAGCAAGCACUAGACCGGCUUAUCGGAGAGGGAGGGCGUACUAUAGUUUUGGUGGCACACCGACUUUCAACUGUGCGGAAUGCUGAUAACAUUGCGGUAUUGGAUAAAGGCAGUCUUGUUGAACAGGGGACUCAUGAAGAACUUCUGUUGAAGAAAUCUGGUGUUUAUGAGAAGCUUGUUAGGAGGCAAUUGCAUAAAGUUAGCAAUCGUAUUAUGGAGGAUUCCGAGGAGCUCGACGCAGCUGCUGAUACUAUUGACGGUCUAAUUGAUGAGACUUCUGAUGAGAAACCUUAGAUUUGACAGCUGUCUGCGUGUCUAAACCCGAUAUACAUCUGGUUGUCAUCUUGUGCGAGGAUUUAGAGAGAAUUCUCUCUUGAGCACACAGCAGCUUUAAGUGCAGCAUUGCUAAAGCUCAUCUGCUAGGAUUCCUAUUUCAGAGCCUUAUGACGCUUAGUGUUGUGCCGGAUGGGGAAGAUGCAAAUUAUAUUGGCUUUUCCUUGAGCGUGCCUCCUGCCAAAUCUGCCCUCCUAUCCCAAUGCUGGGAUCGAAUUUUCAUCCUCUUCAGGGGCUUCCAGUGUACUAGCUGUCAAUUUUUACGGCACGUGUCAACGAAUUCAUUCUGUUGCGCCCAGUCACCUAUUAAAGGAUGUAAGUUAUCGGGUUUGGAAGAGCCCCAAGGCAGCUUUCUCAUCUGUAGAAGCAAUUUUGGACUUCAAAUGUCUAAGUGAGCUUUUUUGUAUCAACUCAUCUGGAAGUUGCCGCCAUAUUUAUUCAAUAAUCAGUCUGUCGAACCGUGGCAAGUUUCCAUCUUUGUUAAAUCCCA